AUGACUACCACAACGGUCAGAACAACCAGGGCAAUCACAUUGAUCAUUUACAACGACUACAACGAUCAUAACGGCUUCGAUGACCACUGCAACCACGAUGACGACAACAGCCACCAAUACCACGGUGACCAUCACUACCACGGUAACUACCACAACCACGGUGACUACCACAACGGUCAGAACAACCAGGACAGUCACAUUGACUAG